AGCUUUUUUCAAAGCUACUCGGAGUUGGGUUGCUUGGUCUUACGCGUUGUCCUGCACCCCCUUUUUUUACUUGGCACCAAUCAAUGUAGUCAUUCAAACACAUGUACAGUAUAUGUUGUUUUCUUUUUCUUGUUCAAGAUAGCACAACACCUGCUUUGUAGCUCCUGUUGGCUCUAG